AAACUAGAUCGUCAGUGUGACAUUGUGUUAUGAACCGCCUGGUGAGGUUAGGCUUUGUUUGCAGAACGCACAAUGAAUCCCAGAAAUACUUAGGAUAUGUUUUUUUUAUUUCUUCGACCGCCUAUUUCCAAGCUCAGGCUGGAAUUCAUUAGUUCCUUAUUUAUUGGCUCAUGUGUAACCACGAAGCAAAGGAAAUCCCAUCAACUUCAAAACAACACACGCGCUCUUCUGCUGUUAUUAUUUUAAAAAAAAACACGACUGUUUUCUGAGUCCUCUGCAACAACUACUCACAAUAUUUGGGUUGAGACUUUCAGUUCUAGGUUUGAAUCGAGCCUGCCCAACAAAAUGUUGUAAUAACAAAAUUAAUCAAAUCUUCAUCCAAUCAGCAAUUUCUCAGCACAGCUCACAGCCAACAACAAAGGACGAAGAUUUUGAGUCCGUUGCUCAUUGGCGCCGCGUUCCGAAGGAGACGAGUGCAGCGCUCUUGCGGCUCAAUCAGGCUCACGCAUUUAAUUAACAUUUGACCGUUUUAGCCCGCAUUGUGUUUCCUCGUUGAUGGAAUAUGCUGGUUUUAAUUUUUGAAAGGUGUUAUGAGAGAGAUUUCUUUGCGAUCAUGCAAUUAUUGUGAUGUGGCUCACUUGACCUUGACCCAUCUAAACCCUGGCUGUAGAGACAGGAGCCCACCGUCCACACACCAAUGUCAACAUAAACGAGCAGAGCAGCUAGCAGACGGCAUUGUCACCGUAAGUUAAUAGCAACAUCUUCCCUGUUGACAAUGUCCUCUACUGUGCCAGUGCCUCCGCCUCCCCUUGCACCUCCAAGUACCUUCCAAAGUGGCAAGGAAAGAGUGUCCCCUCUGCCGACACAUCAGUUAUCAGAUCCUAAAAAUGAAGUAUUAUAUGAGCCGAACGCUGAACAAGAAUUGGUAGACACUCGAAACCGAUUAUGGGAGCUAGAAGGAUGGAAAGACACUCCGCUUUUAACUGUCUAUCAGUACAUCCCACCCAUUCUUCAAAAUGGACCUCAAUGCGGUUUAGUUGCGUUGGCAAUGGCAGCAGCAGCCUAUCAGACUCUUAUACCUGUUCAGAAACUUUUACAUGAAGCUCAGAUGAGAGGAUAUUCCUACCGAGGAGAAAUGUUUAGUGUUGACGACAUGGCAAGUCUUGCCCUUGCAUCAAUUCCUAACAUUUCAAUUCAAGUCAUAAACGGACUGUUGGAGAAGAGAGACACUGUUGUACACAGUCUUGCAAGAGGGGGUAUCCUUCUUGUACCGUAUGAUGCAGAUCGGAAUCAUCAACCCUGUUGUCGUAAGGGACACAAAGCACACUGGGCAGCUGUUUGUGGGGCAUUAGUAUGUUCAGACAAAUGUCUACUUGCUGCGAGACAGGGAAAGUCCAGACGUUUGAUGAUGUGGGACUAUGUCCAGUUGGCAGCAUCAAACAACAACUUGGUUGAGUUUAGUCCGGAAAGGGGCGAAGAUAGCAGUAAAUACCUUUUACCUGAAGGAGGUGUCCAAGCUGGUCUGUGUGGACGAGCUAUCAUUCUGCAAUGUUUGUAACUUCAAAUCACCGCACAAUGAAAAUAAUAUCUUAGAGAUUAUGUACAAAAAAAUCACAUCCCUGGAUGAUGUUUUUAAGCUUUAAAUGUGGUAGUAUUUUCUGUCCAACUUCUGUCCUACCCCAUGUCAUUUCUUGUAUGUUUUAUUCUUUAUUCAAUACAAUUCUUAUCAUACUUUUUUGUUUCCCUGUGAUAAAGCAUUAUUAGCACCUGUGAUAUAUGUCCUAUGUAUAUAUAUUUACAGAGCGAUUGUUGUAAUAUUUUUCAGGUUGUUUUAUGCAACCUUCAUAAGAGCUUGCUCUUUUAAUGCAUGCCAUUUCUUAUAAAUUCCUAAGUUUCUUUUUUUUGUGAUACGAUAUACGUGUAAACCUAACUGCACAUAUGCCCCAGGGUGAAACGGUCACAAUUUUUAUUUAUUUUUGUUGAGAUUGUAUUUUUUAAAACAAGUUUUAUUUUUCUGUAACAUUAAUUAUGUAGGCUUAGUGUGUAUUUGUUUUUGUUUUUUUCAGGUCAAUCAUAUCUCCUUGAACUGUAGGAGUUGAGGUGCCAAAACUGUGUUCCUAUUCAUGUACUGGUAUUAAUUAUAUUAUUGUGGGUUUUUUUCAUUGCUUAUUGAAACAGACAUUAAAAAGCUUCAACUCAGAUUUCUCAUGUGCCAUUGGGAAAUGUAAUAAUUUUUCCCUGUAGAAAAUUGGAUUGUGUUCAAAUGGCUGAUCAAAGAAAUGUGCACAAUGUUUCACCUCUGUAACGAGGACGAGUCCUCACUACUGUACUUCCACUGACAAAACAUUUCCAUUUUAAGAAUAAAAACGUUUGAACCGCA